UAGACGCUGUUUGUCAAAUGACGAUCAGUAAGUAGAUAAUAGUCGUCUUCGUUGAUGGAAACGUCACGUAAGCGGGAUAAGUGACAUCCAGUUUCGUGUGCCUCUCGCUUGUUUCGCUCUUUUAUGGGCGGUAAAUAUUAAUCGUAUCUCUACGCGCAACUCAACUGAAUCUCGAUCGAUGUUCAAAUUGUUUGAAAAACACGAAUUAACUAAUUCAUUUAUAAAUUAUGAGUGUCGUUAUAUUAAAUUAUUUAAUAUUGUUUGUGAAAAUGCAUUGUGCAAAUAUCGAUAUUAUAGCUGGAAAAGUUUUAACCUAGAGGAAAGCAUUUAUUUUAUUUUAUUUAUCUACAAAGAUAACGUGAAACGCAGAGUCGUUUGAAGAGGUAAAUCUGUCCCAAGGAAAGUACAUACACAAGUUUAUCAUUUUGCUGAGAAGGAGAAACUUGAGAAAACAAACGAUCGUUAGUGUAUUUAGUGCUUCCAAUAAUUCAGUACACAGUUUUAUUCGUGCCUGCAUUAAAUAAAUGAAUGAAAUAUAUUUCCAUACAUUAAAAAUGAGAAAGAAUUUAUGAGAACAAGUGGUGACGGUAAAAAAUAAUACGGUAAUAAUAAUAUUAAAAUAGAACUAAACAAUUAGAUAAGAUGUUUUGAUAUAUUUAUUUUAUAAUUGAGAAAAACUAAAAGUGAAUGUUGGUUGUGAAAAAGUAUAUAAGUGAUGGAGUCUGAAUAUUUGGAAAUUUCUUGGAAAGCAAAAAUACAACAAAUACGAAAACGAAUUCGUGUUUUAUUUAGGGACACGUUAAAAAAAUAUAGAUCAAAGAGAAAGGGUUAUACCAGAUUUCUUACAGAUGAGGAAAAGAGGUGGCUUAUCAUUGCCGAAUAUGACUUGUCCAACCGGCUUGGAAUACCUUACAGUCCUUGAUUAUUUAGGCAUACGGCUGAAAAAUACGAUAGAAGUCGACCAUUUUUGGAAUGCUAAAAAUGAAUUCUUCGUGUUGAAUAUCAGAGGAGAGACAAUAUUUAAUGUUACGGAACAAUCAGAUUGGUGGGGACGUUUAUGUUUCGGUGCUUCUCGUACUUGUGAAUUUCACGUGACUGAUACUUAUGGAAGAGAAGUUCUACGUAUGAUUCAACCUUUUACUUGUUCAUUUCAGAGAUUACUAGUAUAUUCUGAAGAUAUAUUACUCGGUUCUGUCUCACAAAAUUGUUUCUUUCUAAGGCCAAAAUUUUCUAUUAACGAUUCGACUGGGAAAACUGUUUUAAAAUUAAAAGGACCACGAUUUCCAAAUUGUAAUAACAUAGUGUAUAAGAUAAAAUCUGCAGAUAAUAAACAUAAAGUUGGACAAAUUAAAAUGACGUUUAAAAUGAAUUAUUUCAUUCCUUUCACCGACAUAACCACUAAUGAUUUCAAUAUAAAUUUUCCUUUAGAUUUAGAUGUUAAAAUUAAAAGUGUUCUUCUUGGCGCUUGUUUUUUACUCGAUUUGUUUUAUAAACGAAGAAGACAAAGUAUUUUGCUAUGAAAUAAAAUAUUACAGUACAGAAAGAAAUAUUUAUAUCAAAACGUACAAUAUUUUUAACGACUUUGAUAUAUAAUUAUUAUUGAUUUGAUAUUUUUGUAUUUUAGUAAAUAAUUUGAAUGAUGAAUAUUAUUCAUUAUUCAAAGUAUAUUUAAUAAUGUGAGAUUUUGCGAGUUGUGUGAGAUUUACCUUUUGAGAUUUCUAUUAAAAGACUAAAUAAGUUAUUCAAUUCCUAAAUUUUUAAAUAACUUUACAAUAUAAUAUUAUUAUAUAAAAUAUAUAUAAUAUUAUUAUAUAAAAAUAUUAUAAAUACUAUAUUUACAAAAUAAAAUUAAUAAUUUUUUUCAAAAAUAUGCAGUUAUUAUUAAUUUCCAAAAGAGGUAAAGUUAAGAAAAAAAUAGUACAUUAUUGUGUAUGUCUUUUUAUUCGUGUUUUAAACUCACAUUUUCAUACAUCUGAUAGUGAAACUGUUACUGCCUCAGCUGCAGCAUUUAGUAUGCUAUAUUCGUCGCAGAUGUUCUUGGUUUUGGUAAAAAAUGAGAAUGGAAAAACAACAUGCGUGUAACAUCCUUUCCUACAUACAUUAGAAUACUGCUGCCGGGAUGUUGCAGACAUUGUACUUGUUGCAUUUUUUUUUAACACAUCAAGGACCGGAUUUGUACAUUAGAUUUCAAAAUGAAAUUCGUGAUAUUUAUUUAGAAACAUAAUAAUAAACAUAAAAAUUUAUAUAGAUUCUGUUAGCAAGAAUUCCUUCACUUUUACAAAAUAUACCUUCAUUUUCAAAAGAUAAUAUAGUCGUUAAAUUAACGUUUCCAUAAAAGUUUUAAAGGAUACCAAGACGAUAACAGUUCAAAUAUUGAAUAAUAUAAUUAAAUACUAAUAGAAAUAUUCUUUGAAAAAAUGAUUCUUACUUUUUUGUUCAUAUAAAUUUGUUUUCUAUACUUAUUAUUAUUAAAUGAUAUUUCGACUUAUUUCGACAUGAACAAAAAAAUCUGUUCAUGGCUGUAAAAAAAUUAAAUAGAAUUGAAAUCGACUUCUUUUUUGCAAAACAUCGUACAAAAUUCAAAACAUCCUCAACGUGUUAAGCGGAAAGCAUCGCGAUCCGUUCAAUCAAUGCAAAUUUUUAUAUAAUGAUGUAAUUCAUCUUUGCCUCCUCGUUAAACAUUAUUACAAAUGUUAAAGAAUUUUCACGAAGUAACACGUGUAGAUAUAAGGAUUCCAGUAAAUAAUAC